UUUUUAAAGCAGUGAUAGAACUCUGAUUUAAUUCUAUUUGGAGUAAUUACAAUUUCUUUAUUUUUUUCAUAGCUAUAAUAAGAAAGAAAGUGAAGAAAUGGAACCAGAAAAUUACACCAGUGUGUCAGAAUUUGUUCUCACUGGCCUAUCCCAGACUCGGGAGGUGCAACUGGUCCUGUUUGUUAUAUUUCUGUCCUUCUAUUUGUUCAUCCUUCCAGGAAAUAUUCUUAUUAUUUGCACCAUCAGGCUUGACCCCCAUCUGACAUCACCCAUGUAUUUCCUGUUGGCCAAUCUGGCCUUCCUUGACAUUUGGUACUCCUCCAUCACAGCCCCUAAAAUGCUCGUAGACUUCUUUGUGGAAAGGAAGAUCAUUUCCUUUGGGGGGUGCAUUGCUCAGCUCUUCUUCCUGCAUUUUGUUGGGGCCUCAGAGAUGUUUCUGCUCACAGUGAUGGCCUUUGAUCGCUAUGCUGCUAUCUGCCGCCCCCUCCACUAUGCUACCAUCAUGAACCGACGUCUCUGCUAUAUUCUGGUGGCUUUCUCCUGGAUGGGGGGCUUCAUUCACUCUAUAAUCCAGGUGGCUCUCAUUGUUCGACUUCCCUUCUGUGGGCCCAAAGAGUUAGAUAGUUACUUCUGUGACAUAACGCAGAUUGUCCGGAUUGCCUGUGCCAACACCUUCCCGGAGGAGUUAGUGAUGAUCUUUAGCAGCGGCUUGAUCUCCGUGGUGUGUUUCAUUGCUCUCCUCAUGUCCUAUGCCUUCCUCCUGGCCAUGCUCAAGAAGCACUCAGGUUCAGGUGAGAGUACGAGCCGGGCCACGUCCACCUGCUACUCCCACAUAACCAUUGUGGUGCUAAUGUUUGGGCCGUCCAUUUACAUUUAUGCUCGCCCCUUUGACUCAUUUUCCCUAGACAAAGUGGUGUCUGUGUUCCAUACUGUGAUAUUCCCUUUACUUAAUCCUAUCAUCUACACAUUGCGAAACAAGGAAGUCAAGACAGCCAUGAGGAAGCUGAUCAACAGAUACAUUUUAUAUAAAGAGAAGUGAAAGAUAAACUGUAUAUUCUGUAGUCCUUCUGAGGGUCACUGUCCUAAAGUAGGAAGCAUUUGCAGUAAUAUUGCUGCUUUCACUACC